AUGGGUAGCGGCAGCAGCCGGAGCGGCCGGGCUCUGAGGCGGCGGCGCAGCCCCGACUGCCGCCCGGCACCGCCGAGCGAGACGGCCUCGGAGGACGGAACCCGGCCGCGAGGCCCGGCGACACCGGACAAGGCCCCGGGGCCAGUCGCGCUGGAGGCCGACCUCGCCCCCGCCCCCGCGGCGCCCCCCGACGGCCGGGAGGAGACCCUGCGCCUGCUGGACCAGCUGCUGGCCGAGUCGGCGGCCUGGGGUCCCCAGGAGCCGGCCCCGCGCGGCCCGGCCCGACCCCGACCCCGACCCGCCGCGGGCGCGGGCAGCGCGGUGUCCCCAGAACAGUGGGCUGAAGACCACCCAGAAGGCAGCUGUGCUUCUGAAGCCCCAGGCAGCACCCGUAAGCGGCCCGAGGGGCAGACGGCCAUCUCUUACGACUAUUCGGAGGAGGAGCUGAUGGCAAGCAUCGAGCGGGAGUACUGCCGCUGAACUGACCAUACAGGGGGUGUGACAGCAGUCCUGAGGUCACCGCAGACCAGGCCCUGGGGCCCCUGGGUUGGGGGAGUCAUUUUCCUUCCCCACUCUUGGCUCAGCUGGAUCUGCACCACCUCCAAAAUGUAGCCAGGCCUGGAUCUUUCAAAAAUGACCUCUUCAGGUUCACACACAGCUGUCCUACACAUGGCCACUGCUGGCUGUAAGGCUUGCUGACCUUGGUGGUACAGACUCAGACCAAAGGGCAGCAGACACUUGGGCCCCUCCUCCAUUCUGGGGAGCCUGACUUGGGUUUCCUGGAGCCUGAAAUACUUCCCCUUUCUGCUCAUGCACUCUCCAGGUGGGGCAGGCCCACCAAGCAUGGACAAACCCAUGGGCAUCUGCCACAGACUUCUGGAAGGUUCCGCUGUGGAGUGUGCACUGGGAGGUGCCCUCAGUCCUCGUGCUGAUCUCUUUAGUAGAGGCCGGUCAGUUCUAAUGUGCAAGUGACUGGAGCAGAUCCUGGGUCUGGAGGUCUGGGCGGGGUCUGAGAUCCCAGUUUCUAAUGGCUCCCAGGCAGGAGUGGGCGUCUUGAGUGGCAAGCAUCCCUAAGCCUGAGCUUCACACCUUCCUCUGGCUUUUCCCUCCCUGGUGCUGGGAGGCUCCUUCCGAGCUGCAGCCUGCAUCCUCCCUGCUCGGAUAUGGUAGGAAGAGAGCACUGAGCUGUGAGCCACAGAGCCCUCUGCCAUCCUGCUGUUAAAUUAGCUUGCCAGGGGAUGCAGAGCUCUUCACUUUCCCUCUCUGGGUCUCAGU